AUGUCCAAACAUUUCAAAAAAGUUUUUGAUCGCGUCAGCAAGCGUGUGUCGUUACUAAAAGCAGUCGCCGGUACUUUCGAUCACCCCCGUGCUCCGCCUAGUGUCACCAUUAGCAUCUACAAAACAAUGAUUCGUCCAAUCAUGGAGUAUGCUCCCUUGGCACUGAUGCUCCUAAACGAUAAACAAUUUGAGAAGUUGGACUCACUACGAACUCGCGCCUACAAGAUUGCAUACGGCAUUCCAAAAUCGAUGAACGGUAAUCAUAUAAAGGACUCCAUACAAUGUGAAUCACCAAAAUCGCGCAUAGAAACUCUAGCCAAAAAGUACAUUGACAGCGAUAAGCGCGCCCCGAGUAUUAGAACUCUCAUUGACUCAACGAAGAACAAAAUGCCGCUCAGGAUGUUACAUCCUCUGUACUCCACCCCCAUCGACAAGGUGCAGGCCCUGAAUGUCUUUACAUUUCCUUUGGGUAAUGGUACAACCAACUGGCUGAAAAAGAAACAUUCGCUGGUCGGUAAGAACCUACUGCCAUUGUUUGCUAGGUUUAACGUGUCGGACGACCCAAAAGAGUUUGCAAGAUUUUCCAAAGAAGAGCGCCUAGAGGACCUUGACACCCAAGAAUUAGCUGCCGAUUUCAAAAGACUCACAGGAGAGAAUCUAGUGGAAGUGCUAGCAGCCCUAGGGAAGUCCGAUGGUGCAGCCCGAAUGCUCGCUCACCAUGCAAUAAUCUUCGCCAAUGAAAUUGGACAACCGGCAGGCCAAAGUAUGAAGGAGCCAGCGCCGUCUGGGUCCACAGGUGAUCAUGAUCAACCCCCGAGGAAAGUACUAUGCCUGCCCGCCAAAACGUCGGAUCAAGUAAAAACCGCUAAAUCAAAGGCUUUGGAGUCACUUGGCUUUCAAAUUCAAGAUUGGGAGUUUGAUGUCCCAUUUAACCCAGAAAUAGCUUCGCAACGAAAAUCCCCGCGAUGGACAACUAUAGAUGGGCAGGAUGCUCGACUCCCAGCCCACCAUGAAUCUCCAGCUUUUGAGGACGUUUUAAGUAACAAUGUUCCCUUCGAUACGCCUAGCCUGCCGCUAAGAGACCCAAAUCAUUUUGUAGCCGGACAACCGCCCAGCAUUUAGACGAAUGGGAAAAGAUUAUGAACUCAAUUUCCGAUACGAAUCCGGUCCCAGACCAUGUACGUUCUUGGUAACACAACCGUGUAGAUGUAGAACAUUUUUUUCAAACAUUUUAAGGGUAAUUUCUAGGGCGAGGCUUUCGACUCUCAUCCCCCCCCCCCCUCUAGAUAUUAUUCAAAUUAAAAAAAUUGCCAAAAAUUUGGUACUUUCAUAGCCUCGGAGUUGGAACAAAGAAUUAAAACUGGUGCAGUAGAAUUACUAGGUAGAGUAGGACAAUGCGAACUACCAUACAUAAUAAUGCCGCCAACUGUGGAGCCCACAAAACCACGUCUUUGCCAUGACAACAGGUACCUCAAUUUAUGGAUUAAGUCUCCAUUUCAAUUGGAAACGCUAAAUCAUGUUCACAGAUCAGUUGAAAAGGACGCCAAAAUGGUGUCGGCGGAUGAGAAAUCUGGAUAUGACCAUUUUCUACUCUCCCCGGCUAGCAGAAAAUAUUUUGGCAUACAAUUUGGAGGUUGGAUCUUGGACGAGUCUGUCUCAUAUUCAGCGAUGCAUGCGCGCUUGAUGGAAUAUCUUACAACACUCGGUAUCUAUGAAGGAGAAACCCCUCCUAGCCUAAGAGCGAGUUGUGCUUUAACCCUUAAAUUAUCCGGAGCGUCAGACUCCAAUGCUAGCAUCAUGAAACAUGUUGGUUGGUUUACUAAAAGAAGCUGCAGUUAUUACAGCCGCGAAGACUCUCUCAAAGAGCCAUGCGCCCUUGCUCAACGAUUAGCCGCAGCCCCAGCGUCAACAAGCAAGGUUGAUUCGGACUUUAAACUGUAUACCUCCCUUAAUACAUUGCCUCAUGUUAUUUAGAGACAGUAUCAGCAUGCUAUACAGUUGUCAAAAUAUUUCUCGAUAACCGUCUAGUUUGUAUCAUUUCUCAUGCUCUUACAUGUGUAAAACGAUAGUUGCAACUAUAUUUAGCUAAAUAAUAAAA